AUGACUACCCGCCUGCUUCAUCCAGAUGAAUGGGAGCUCAAUUCGCGGUCCUCGGUUGACUCGCAGGGAACCUUCAACCUCGACGAGGCCGAUUUUGAAUCCCAAGUUCCUCCUACAUCCCCAUUCAAAAGACACCGCUUGCCUUGGCUAUCUCGGUUCUUCUCAACGACGUCAGCAGGUUAUCACCGCCUGAAAUCCAAUUCCAGACCGGCUUUCGCGGGAUCAAAACGACCGAACUGCUCCCGUCGCUUCUUGCUUCGCCGCGUUUGCUAUAUCCAUGUUGUCUUCGGUAUCGUUUUCGUGCUCGGUCUCUUCACGUCGAUACUCUUCCCCUCCUAUACACACCCGCCGGCGCACUAUGCAACACUUCGCAAAUCAGUGCUCGAGAAGUCAUACUCUGGGAGAGGAAAUCUACGGAAUGAGAAGGUCUUUAUCGCAGCCAGUCUAUAUGACAGCGGCGGCGAACUUGCAAAUGGACAAUGGGGAGAACAACUGCUAGAGUUGAUACAUCUGCUCGGAAAUGACAACGUAUUCCUCAGCAUCUAUGAGAAUGACAGUGGCGAGGAGGGAGAACGUGCAUUACAUGAGUUAGAACAAAAGGUGCAAUGCCAAAAAGCAAUUGUAUCUGAGAAGCACCUGGAUCCGAACAGUCUUCCGACCGUGACUAUUCCCGGCGGCUCAAAAAGAGUCAAGCGCAUCGAAUACCUCGCCCAAGUCCGCAAUAAGGCCCUGCAGCCACUAACCGACAAACCGAACAUGAAUUUCGACAAGCUCCUCUAUCUAAACGAUAUUCUCUUCGAUCCUAUUGACACCCUCCAACUCCUGUUCUCAACAAACGCAAACGAAGACGGCGUAUCUCAAUACCGCGCAGCCUGCGCUGUGGACUUCGACAACCCAUUCAAGUUUUACGACACUUACGCAACGCGCGAUUUGGAAGGCUACAGCAUGGGGCUCCCCUUCUACCCUUGGUUUACAACAUCCGGCAAAGGCGCAAGCCGACGAGAUGUGUUAGCCGGAAAAGACGCCGUGCGAGUACGCAGCUGCUGGGGUGGAAUGGUAGCCUUCGACGCCAAAUAUUUCCAGUCCGGCCCGCCACCUUCGACUCCCAAUCCAGCGCGCUUCCGUUCUGGGAAAGAUCUAUUCUGGGAGGCAUCUGAAUGCUGCCUCAUCCACGCCGAUAUUCAAGAUCCGCAAACGAACGUCGAUGAAAUCACCGACACGGGAAUUUACAUGAACCCCUUCGUGCGCGUAGCUUAUGACCACCGCACCCUCUCUUGGCUGGGUAUAACCCGUCGCUGGGAGAGACUAUACUCGUUCCUCCAUAACCUGAUCAACCAUAUCGUCGGUCUUCCUUGGCAUAACCCCCGUCGAGCAGAAGUUCCUGGUCAGAGUGUACAAGAGACUGUUUGGAUUCCUGACGCUGCCCAGGAUGGCGGUGGCGCUUUCCAGACUGUUGAUCGCAUUGCUGGUAAUGAUGGUUACUGUGGUCGUCGUGGUUUGCAGGUUAUUGUUGAAGACCGCAAGCCUGGACAGAAAGGGUUCGAGAAUAUCCCUGUUCCUUCAUGA